AUGAGCUCAUUUCUAUACUUACCUUCUGAUCCAUCAUCAUCAACCUCCACCAACCAAAGCUCUUUUUCAAAACCUAACAUUUUUGGGCCUUCUGGUACACUGACUCUCACUCCAAACUCAAAUAAAUCAAAUUCAUCCGUGUCAUUGACCAAUGUUACCGUGUCUACUUCGGUUAAUUCGAAAACCAAAGUGAUUGAAAACCAAACCAUCACGUUGAAACGUCAUGCCUCAAGCUCAUUUACCAACGAUCAAUACCGGGGAAACGGUAAUGGUGACGGAGUUAAAAAGAAUCAUUACUCCAAGAAUUUUCCCAACCUUGCCAAAUCUUCUCCUGGUCUUGCCCACACAAAUACAUCACGAAGACUGCCAAAGAAAUAUGGCGCGCUUGGUAAUUUAAAUAAUGGUUCAAAUCAUCGAAACAUUAAAAUCAAUUUCAAUACCACCAGAAACAGUUCAUUCAAAUUAAACGCCAUAGAAAUAGGAUCGUUGGCCACCAAUAACUCUCGAUUCGAUGGGAAAUUCCACGAUAAUUUGUCGAAUUGGGAUUAUGCAAAUCAAGUCACAAAACACCAGAUUUUGCCGUCUAAUGGAUCAUCUAAUUUUAGUAAUUAUUCUAAUGAAAAAGAUGAUCCUUGUGAGUCCCCAUCAAAUGAAAGGUUUUCAUUAUCUUCUUUCCCACCAAUUCCACCCCCUUCAACCACCACUUCAACUACAAUUACCAAUGUUGACGGAAGAAAGAAUACUGAAAAAAAUAAAAAAGGCUAUUUGAUGAACCCAUUCUUUGGUGGCAAAAUCAUGAAUAAUAACCUGAAUUCAGGUAGUAUUAAUAGUAAUAACAAUAACGGUGAAAAAAUGACCACUUCUGAUCUAAAAUAUUCCAACAGUCUUCGAGUCAAUAAUCAUUUCAAUAAUGAUAACAUGAGCAUCAUUUCUGAUACUGAUUCUUUUAUAUUUGAUAGCAAUCGAAAUGAUAUUUCCCCAGUAAAGAAAUACGGGGCUGGCAUGAAAAAUGAUUAUGGCAAUGAGGAAAAUAUUGAUCCUAAUCAUCUAUCAAAAUUCCAAGUUCCUAAUGGCAAAUUUGAAUUUCAAUACCUGAUUCAUCAAAAGAUUGUCAAUAAUAUCAAAAAAUUCAGUAGUGACUACUGUUCCAAUAUUAUUGGCGGAACCCUUCCUUUUAAAGCUUCCAAUGAUAACCAACAAGCGCCUCAACAACCUACUAUCACAGUAAAUGAGGACUCGCCAUCAACAGAGCUAUUUUCCAAUGGUAAUACUUUACCGGAACGAAGGGAUGACCAAUGCAAACCCACGAAUAAUAAUAAUAAUAAUAAUAAUAAUAAUAAUAAUAAUAAUAAUAAUAGUGAGGAUGGAAUCCGUUUUAACCCAAAUGAUAGCUUCGAUGGCCAUGGUGAAGACACCGAUUCAGAAGGAGAAUCGGUGGAAAAUAAUGUAUCAAAUUUUGAUGAGAAAUCAGAGUAUUUCCAUUUCAAGCCGUUUGAAGAGUUUGAUAAUGGUUUUGCUGGAACUGGUAAUGUGAAAAACUGCAUUUCCAGUAAUGAUGUGAAUAAUAAUAAUAAUAACAAUAAUAAUAAAAAUAAAAAUAAUAAUGAUGAUGAUGAUGACAUCAACAUUAAUAAUACUAUUCCCAAUGAAAAUCAUGACAUCAACUCUGAUGAAAGUAACGAUAGGCCAGCCUCAGGAUUGGAUAGCAAUAACAACAGUAUGGCGUCCGCCUCAGCCAUCGCCAUGGCAAAUAAUGAAGCGGUCAUCAGGGAAUCUGUGAGCUCAUCAUUAUUUGAUAGGCAGUCUGGUAACUUAGAUGCAACCGCCCAACUUGAAAACGAUGGAGACACCAUAAUUUUCGGGGAAGAUGGGGGUGCCUUAUCUUGA